CUGAGCUCAGUCCAAAUGGCAACGUUUUAAGAUGACGUCACGGGGGUUUGACAGGUCGGAGUGUAAAUGUUAUGAAGUACAGCGAGUGGCUCUUGUACAAUGCCCGGGACGACCGGAACUGUGGAUCUGAGUGAAACAUAUUUUUGAAGAAGUUGUUUCAGUCAUUUUGCUCCAUCAUGGGACAACAGAUCUCCAGUCAAACUCAGACUAUGUUAAAUAAACUACCGGAAAAAAUGGUGAAACAUGCUACGUUGGUGCGGGAGAGUGGCUUUUUAACCUAUGAGGAGUUCCUUGGAAGAGUUGCAGAGCUUAAUGACGUAACUGCAAAAUUGGCUUCACGACAGGACAAAUAUCUCCUGUUUGAAGUACAGCCAGGUUCUGACUCUUCUGCUCUCUGGAAAGUUAUUGUACGUGUUUUAUGUACAAAGAUCAACAAAACAAAUGGGAUUGUGGAGGUGUCCAGGAUCAUGAAUCUUUACCAGUUCAUCCAGCUUUACAAAGACAUUACAAGCCAUGCGGAAGGAGUAUUUGCUCAGAGGACCAGUGAAUCUGAGGAGAACUCGGAAAACCUAUAUUCGGUUUCAUCCUGUCAAGCUAGCAUUUUAAUGGGAAGGGUUAAACAGCUGACAGAUGAGGAAGAGUGCUGCAUCUGUAUGGAUGGGCGUGCUGACCUGAUCUUGCCUUGUGCGCAUAGCUUCUGUCAGAAAUGCAUUGACAAAUGGAGUGACCGGAACCGCAAUUGUCCAAUAUGUCGUUUGCAAGUGACAACAGCAAAUGAUUCUUGGGUUGUCUCUGAAGCCCCUACAAGUGAAGAUGUAGCCAGUUACAUCCUGAAUUUAGCUGAUGAGGUUGGGCAGCCACAUUCAUCCUUCUUCUGACCAUCCUGGCGUCUGUUAGAUGAAUAAAACUGCAGUUUGCUGAGGAGUAAUAUGAGUUGUGUUCUCAUGAUAAAUCAGUAAUUAUUUUAUUUUCAUUUGUGUGUGUUACUUUAUGUUUAAGUAUAUCAUACACUUUGUUUCUUCUCCGUAAGCGGACGAAAAAAUUGAAUUUGGAAUGUUUGUUUUCUAAAGCCAGUGUUAUUUUCUGUGACAUAUACACAAGCCCUUGAGGUAUAUAUAUGAAUCUUAUAAAUGCAUGUGCACACCAUCACUUGGGCUGUGAUAAUUAACGAGCUAUUACAAGUAGAUUUAAAAAAUGCUUCUAAUGGAAUUUUUAACGUACAGCUAUGCAUUUCAGAUUCAACUUUUGUGUCCCCUCUUUAAGGUGCUUUUAUGAAUAGAAAAGAGUUGCCGGUAUAGUUUGCAAAAACAUUACGUUUUAACUAGACACUGCAUGGCACUGUGCACGCUACUCCAUUAGGUAAUAGUGCUUAAAGCAAUUUUGUAUUAUUAGAACAUUGUUGCAAGGUAUGUGUUCACAAUGGGCUCGAUUUAUCAUUGUCAAAUUGAAUGGGCCUUGCUACUCUCCUCCGUGUUCGCCUCAGCUCACCUGUUUCUAAGUGCACCAGUGCAAAUAAAUUUAUCCUGAAAAAGCACAAUUUUUUCCGCCUUUCAACAGGCAAGCUCAAGCGGAUCAAAGAUAAAUAUCUCCAGUCGCAUUACUCUCUGUGCCUUAUUUAUCAUCUUACAAAUUACUGCUUGAGGAAAACAGUUAUGUUUUUGUUAUUUCCUAAACUGGUUUUAUUUAAUAUUUUUAGAUAUUGUUUUUUACUACAUUUGCUCCUGUUUCUGCUAAUUGUUAAAACGUGUUAUAUUACUUGCAUUGUUAUAUUACUUGCAUUGCUCCUUGUUUGAGGCAAAUGAGAAAUAGUCAAAUUAUAUGUUCCACUCCCAUAACAGUAUUGAAGAAGCACAAGUAAACUGAUUGAUAUAAACUUAAGUCUUUAUUUAAAGUACAUUCAUAAACGGAAGUAUCUAUUUUUAAUUCCACCACUUCAUAACUUUCCAUUCUGCGUGAAAUAUAAAUUUAUGGCCAAAAUGAGAAAAUACUCCCUAAUGAUGAUGUGAACACCACUUGGUUCCGAAAGAAAUGAUUUCUACUGCAGUUCUCUACAGUAGUUACGUAAACUUUGUGUACAUGCAUUAGGAGGAGAAAUUUAUAUGGGGCGACAUUUUUUUUAUAAAUCAGUUACUAAGCGAUUAUAGAAGGUGCGCAAUAGACUAUCUAUCUGACAGGAGCCAUGUAAUUUAAACCAUUUUUUUGCGCACCAAAGUGACAAUGCAAGCGCGAUGCACCUGGUAGCAUUUUACAGAUGAAUUUCAAGACUUUUCGGGCGCAUUUAUAGUACUUGACUAGUUUUUGUUUGAUAAAUCGAGCACAAUGUGUAACUGCAAAGUGAGGGCACUAAUUAUACAUAUACAUGAAAUAUUAGAAAACCUCAAACAGUACAAAUUGUUUUGGUACAUUGUUCCAUAUUAAGUCUAGGAAACUGGCUAAUUUUAUUUUAUUUUAAAUAUGCAGAAAAUUAGCAAUAUAUAUUAGAUGACAUUUUAUUGUAAUGUACUUUACAGAUGCUAUUUUUGGUUUGUUUUAUUUUUUUCAAACAGGGGCCUUUUAUACCUAAUGGUUACUUGGACCAUAAAACUUUUAUUUUGUUUGCUGCACAAAUUCAGUUUUAGAGAUUUUUUUUGUUAUCAAAUGCAAAUAUUACACAGAGCUGUGCUUCAUUACUCCAUUCUCUGCGGGUCCCCAACAAGUGCAGUUUUAUAGCAGACUUGGCUAGGUCAGUACCUUAACCUUUUUAUUUUUUCAAGGUAUUUUUACACAAACCCACACAAUAUUCUAAUUCCGCCUGCAUAGUCAGCCAUACUUUUUGGAGCAUGACAUGCAAUUUUGGUUUAAAUUAUAUUUUUUUUCAUAGUACAUUAAAACCUU